AAGCGACGGAGCCGGGGUUAGAACGCGGGCCGCGGCCCGUCCACCGGGCCACGCCGUCCUUGAGGUCGAGCGGGUAGUAUUUAUCGGGCGCCCGCCGAGCGCCUCGAUCGUCCGCAUCAUGAACUGGAACAAGGGCGGCCCCGGCACGAAGAGGGGCUUCGGCUUCGGCGGCUUCGCCAUCGCCGCCGGGAAGAAGGAGGAGCCGAAGCUGCCUCAGCCGUCGCACAGCGCCUUCGGGGCCACGGGCUCUGCCGCUGGCCUGGGCAAGGCGGCUGCCCCGCAGCUCCCUUCCUUCUACAAAAUCGGCUCCAAGCGGGCCAACUUCGACGAGGAGAACGCCUAUUUCGAAGACGAGGAAGAAGACUCCAGCAACGUCGACCUGCCCUACAUCCCGGCCGAAAACUCGCCCACCCGCCAGCAGUUCCACUCCAAGUCGGCCGACUCGGACAGCGACGAUGACCCCCUGGAAGCGUUCAUGGCCGAAGUGGAGGCAAGCCUGGAGCCCGCGGCUCUGUCUCUUACUCGGGGAGCAGCCGGGGAUCAGGCGGCCCGAGACAUGAAGAGACUCGAGGAUAAGGACAAGGAGAAGAAAAACGUCAAGGGUAUUCGUGAUGACAUUGAAGAGGAAGAUGACCAAGAGGCCUAUUUCCGCUACAUGGCCGAGAACCCGACGGCGGGUGUGGUCCCGGAGGAGGAGGAGGAUAACCUGGAGUACGACAGCGACGGGAACCCCAUCGCCCCUUCCAAGAAAGUCAUCGACCCUCUCCCUCCCAUUGACCACUCGGAGAUUGAAUAUCCCCCAUUCGAGAAGAAUUUCUACAAUGAGCACGAGGAGAUAAGCGGCCUCACUCCACAGCAAGUGAUAGAUUUGCGGCACAAGCUCAACCUGCGGGUGUCGGGGGCCGCCCCGCCCAGGCCAGGCAGCAGUUUUGCUCACUUCGGUUUUGACGAGCAGCUCAUGCACCAGAUUCGGAAAUCGGAGUACACCCAGCCUACUCCUAUCCAGUGCCAGGGCGUUCCAGUGGCCCUGAGCGGCAGAGACAUGAUCGGCAUCGCCAAAACGGGCAGCGGGAAGACGGCGGCCUUCAUCUGGCCCAUGCUCAUUCACAUCAUGGAUCAGAAGGAGCUGGAGCCCGGAGACGGCCCCAUCGCGGUGAUCGUCUGCCCGACCCGGGAGCUCUGUCAGCAGAUCCACGCCGAGUGCAAACGGUUCGGGAAAGCCUACAACCUGCGGUCCGUGGCGGUGUACGGCGGCGGGAGCAUGUGGGAGCAAGCCAAGGCCCUGCAGGAAGGGGCCGAGAUCGUCGUCUGCACCCCGGGCCGGCUGAUUGACCACGUGAAGAAGAAAGCCACCAAUCUCCAGCGGGUCUCGUACCUGGUCUUCGAUGAAGCCGAUCGAAUGUUCGACAUGGGCUUUGAGUACCAGGUGCGAUCCGUGGCCAGCCACGUCCGCCCCGACCGGCAGACUCUGUUGUUCAGUGCCACUUUCCGGAAGAAGAUCGAAAAACUUGCCCGGGAUAUCCUGAUCGACCCCAUCCGAGUGGUGCAGGGCGACAUCGGCGAGGCCAACGAAGACGUCACCCAGAUCGUGGAGAUUCUCCACUCGGGCCCCAGCAAGUGGAACUGGCUGACCCGCCGGCUGGUGGAGUUCACGUCCUCGGGCAGCGUCCUCCUGUUCGUGACCAAGAAGGCCAACGCCGACGAGCUGGCCAACAACCUGCGGCAGGAGGGCCACAGCCUGGGCCUGCUCCACGGCGACAUGGACCAGAGCGAGCGGAACAGGGUCAUCUCGGACUUCAAGAAGAAGGGCAUCCCGGUCCUGGUGGCCACCGACGUGGCAGCCCGGGGGCUGGACAUCCCCUCCAUCAAGACGGUCAUCAACUACGACGUGGCCAGGGACAUCGACACCCACACGCACAGGAUCGGCCGGACGGGCCGAGCGGGCGAGAAGGGGGUGGCCUACACGCUGCUGACCCCCAAGGACAGCAACUUCGCCGGCGACCUCGUCAGGAACAUGGAGGGGGCCAACCAGCACGUGUCCAAGGAGCUCCUCGAUCUGGCCAUGCAGAACGCCUGGUUCCGGAAAUCCCGCUUCAAAGGAGGGAAGGGCAAGAAGCUGAACAUCGGCGGAGGGGGCCUGGGCUACCGGGAGCGGCCGGGCCUGGGCUCGGAGAACGCGGACCGUGGGAACAGCAACGUCAUGAGCAACUACGAGGCCUACAAGCCGGCCGCGGGGGCCAUGGGAGACAGGCUGACCGCCAUGAAGGCGGCCUUUCAGUCGCAGUACAAGAGCCACUUCGUGGCCGCCAGUCUAAACAACCAGAAGGCCGGGAGCUCCGCCGCCGGGGCCAGCGGCUGGAAGAGCGCGGGGAGCCUCAACUCGGUCCCCGCCAACUCCUCCUCGUCCUCGUCGUCCUCCUCCUCCUCCUCGCAGCCGGCCCACCCGGGCCCCGACGGCCCCCCUCCCCCUCCCCCGGCCCCCAGGGGCAUCCCGGGCUUCGCCAGCGCCGGGACCUUGAGCGGCGUGCCCGCGGCCCACCCCGGGCCCGGCGCCCAGGACCCCGACCGCGCGGCCCCCGCGACGGGCGGCGCCAGGGAGCGCCACGGCGAGGCCCGGGGCGGCGGGCGGCACGGCCACGGCGACGGCGGCGCCCGCCACGGCGACGGCCCGCGGCACGGGGAGGGCGGGGGCGGCGGCCGCCACGGCGGGGACGGCCGCCGGCACGGGGACGACCGCCGCCCGGGCGGCGGGGCCGGCGGGAGGCACGGCGAGGGCCGCGACGGCAGGAACGGGGACGACGGGAGGGACGGCUGCGGCCGCCCCGGCAAGGGGGACGGCGGGCCGGAGGCCGAGACGGAACCCGGGGCGGACGACGGACCCGACGGCAAGACGGACGGGUCGGACGGCUUUGCCGUCCCCGAGCCGCCCAGGCGCAAGAAGAGCCGGUGGGACAGUUAA